GUUUUCCAGAAAAGCAAGUGUUACUGAGUAUCUCCUACUAGCGAUGAGAUGGACUUGAGAAGAAAGAAUUCUAUUACGGCUUGAAGCCUCCAAGCCAUCACUGACCCCAAAUGGCGUCCCAAGAAGUGGAUAAUGCAGAGCUGGGGACUGCCUCAGCAGGUGCCCCAGGAAGCCAGGGGGAACCGGAGGUGGUGAAUAAUUCUGUCUACCGGCCCAUUCAUAAGUCACAAAAUUACCAAGAGGAACUACAAGCCCUUGGGUUUAUUGUUUCAGGAGUCUUAUCUGUCAUAGCCGGGAAAAAGCCCACAAAAGAAUGGAUAGAAAGGAGUUUCGGGAUGAACAUUGCCAGUACUACAAUUGCACUGGUCGGGCUUGUUUUUCUUUCAAUGAAUUUAGCAGUGAAUAACCCAUCACUCAAGAAUUGUCAGUCUUUCCAGCCACCUGACUUAUGUAUUUACAAGGAAGCCUCAUCAAACGGCCUUGUGUCCAUCAUGCUGAUCCUCACCUUGCUGGAACUGUGCACAGCCAGCUCUAUCUCAGUCAAGUGGUGCAAAGCAAACUGUAGUCCUUUGAGAAAGAGUGACAUUACUUUUACUAUUAGCAGCAGCAGCAGCAUCCUUCUGGCAAGCCAGUAA